AUGACACCCAAAACAAGAAUUCUGGUUGUUGGCGGUGGAGGCGUUGGCGCCAUUGUUGCUUUGAAUCUGCAAUCCGGAUGCCAGACGGAACUUACUCUAGUCCUAAGAUCUAACUACACAGCCGUCCAACAGCAUGGAUUCAAAAUACAUUCAUGCGAUCAUGGAAAGCUACUUAACUGGCGACCCUGGAAGAUUGUCAACACAAUCCCAAGUAUCUCCUGCGAUGAAGAUGCCUUCGACUUCGUGGUCGUCACGGCAAAGAAUAUACCGAAUGCCCAUGCAGACCUAGCUUCCCAGAUCUCACCAGCCGUCACUCCAGGUAUCACAACCAUCGUUUUGAUACAGAACGGACUGAAUAUUGAACGACCCUAUUUCAAUCUUUUCUCGAGAAACAUUGUCUUGUCUGGAAUCAGCAUGAUUGGAUCCGAAGAAAUUGAACCUGGAUUUAUCAAGCAUUCAUUCGCUGAUCACCUCACAAUCGGCUCUUUCCACAAUCCUAAUCUCGAAAUGGCUAAAGAAGUCGAAGAGGCAGAAAGGUUUGUGAACAUUUACUCAGCGGGAGGUAAAACUGUGUGCAUGCACGAUAAGAACGUUUUGUGGAACAGAUGGAAAAAGCUGGUCUACAACUCAAGCAAAAAUCCCAUAUGUGCUCUCACGGGGUUGGAUGCGGGACAAAUCAGAUUGGCUGGUGAUUCUAUCUCUAUAUUGGUGCGCGAUGCUAUGCGCGAGGUUGAGGCUACAGCAAAGGCAUCAGGGUAUGAGCUUCCAGUGGACAUUGUGGAAUUCAUGGCAACUGUCGACCCUGUCGAGGAUCAUUUUGCGCCGAGUAUGCUUCAGGAUGUUAGAAAGGGUAAUUCGAUUGAGUACGAAUUUCUUCUUGGGGAGCCACUGAGGGAGGGGAAGAGGCUUGGGGUGGCAAUGCCUGUUUUGUCUACAUUAUACGCGUUGUGCUCAGCUAUUCAGUGGCGAAUUGAAGCGGAGCGAGAGAGUCUGAAAUCAGUGGAGUAG